AUGAGCCACAAGAGGGCAAAAGUAGAUAGGACGUCCGGGUACACAUAUGAAAGUGUAGAUUGGUCAAUAUGUAUAUUUUGCCAAAAAAAGAAGUACAAAGGAGUAAAAGAGCUUAUAAGUGUUGGCAGCUUUGAUUCUUGUCAAGCAAUUGUAGAUGCUGCCAUUGCUCGCGAUGACCAGCGAUUGCUUUUAAAUAUCAAAGUCGUCGAUUUGAUAGCGGAAGAAGCGAAGUAUCACGGAAAAUGUCGAAGCAAAUAUGUCAGUAACACAAACCUUAAAUGUCUCAGUUACAAGGAAGACAAUAAAGAAAUAAUAUUCUGUGGCGUUUGCUAUGUUAGUGAAUGAAAUUACUCCUGGGUUAUCUAAAGGAAGGAUUUAUGACAUGCCUGGGCCAUUUGCUAGACCGCUAUAAGCAGGUAUUGAAAGUCAAAGGCAUUUCUUGCAGCAAUUAUCGCAGCGAAAAGCUCAAAAGCAGACUGAGAAGCCAUUUCUUAGACCAAAUAGUCAUCGAGAAGCAGAACGACCCUUCGAAGUCCGAAUUAAUUAUUCCAGUCAUUUGUCUGAAAGUGAAGAAUGAUCAUCGCAGUAAAUUUUCCACUUUAAGCAAUUGGAAAGAAGAAGCCUGAAAAAAAUCAGGGCUUCAACGGGAUUCGAACCCGUGACCUCCACGUUACCGGUGCGUUGCCCUACCAACUGAGCUAUGAAGCCACACAUUGGGAACGAGUCAUUUGUCAUUUGUCUGUUGCAAACAUAGUAAAAACAUCAGUCUCCCAGCAGUCCAGUGAAGAUUUUGAGGUCGAUGAGAACACGAGACAGUAUAUGGAACAGGAUAAGGCUACCAUUUCGUACCAAGCAGCCCAGAUAAUAAAGAAUGACAUCAAACAAUGCAAAGGUAUUUCAAUCAAGCCAUUGUGUGUAGAAGAUGUGUCCAUAGAGAAGGGCGAG